CCAAGAUAUUAAUUGACUUGGAUUUCGCCGAGUUAAACCAUGGAUAGAUUACUUCCAUGUACAAUAGUUUUGUUACUUUUCAUCAAUACAGUUAAAACUGAUGGUUGCCAUAAAAGAAAAUUCAAAGAAGAUUCUUUCGUUUGUGUUUGCAAUGAACUUGAAUGUGAUUCAUUUGAACCAGUGACUAAUCCACCAAAAGGGUUAAUUUACUCUUAUGUAUCUGAUAGAGAUGAGCAUCGAUUCCAUAAAGAUACAUUAGAUCCUAAGACGCUUGUUAAUACAGUUACAGCUGAUUCCAUUAAACUAUCCAUAAAUGUUAACGAAACUUAUCAACAAAUUAUUGGUUUUGGUGGUGCUUUUACCGAUGCUGCUGGAAUUAACAUUAACGUAUGUAAAGUAAAAAUGGAAAUGAUUUUUGAAUUGGAUUAUCUUAAGAUGGCAAUAUCUGCACCAGAACUCAAGAUGUUGAAGUUGAAGCAAAAUGAAGUUUUUAAAAUUUGUGCGAACAUCUAUGAAAAGUUUGAAGACAAAUCAGCGCGAAGUGAAAUUAUCGCUAAAUUUAUUGCUGCUGGUGUACCAACUACCACUGCAUAUCGUCAAUAUGCUAAGUUAAGUAUUGGAAACAAUGGUAGGAAACCAGGAUCAGGAUUAUCAGCCUCUAAAUUCAACAAUUCGAAUGUGAAAAAAAUCGAAAAAAUGGUUGUCGAUAAAGUUUUCUGUGGUUAUGCAGCUGUUGCAAGAGCUAUCGGAGUGAGCAAACCAACAGCUAAAAGUUAUAUCGAACGAGCUGAAAUCAAAAUUGCUAAAAGAAAAAAAGUGCCUAAAGUUUCUCCAGAACAAAAGCAACGACAAAAAACGCGAAUUCGUCGAUUGAGGAUGGAGAUUGGUGAUCAAGAAUUGAUUUUGGACGAUGAGAGUUACUUCGAUUUGGAAGGCUUCAAUUUCUAUGGUUCUGAUCGUUGUGCAUUCAAGGCAUUGGAAAACUGUCCUGAUGAUGUUAGGUAUCGUCAACAAUCGAAAUUUGGCCCUAAGUUAAUGGUUUGGAUUGCAAUUGGUACUAAGGGAUUUUGCAAACCUUAUUUUCAUCUUACAAAGGGUGCAUUGAACGCAGAUUUAUAUGCAAAAGAGUGUCUACGAAAGCGACUCAUCCCUUGGCUCAAAAGCACUUAUAAAAACAAAAAAAUACUCUUUUGGCCUGAUCUAGCGAGCUGUCACUACGCUCGAACAUCGCUCGAAACGCUAGAGGGCGCCAGUGUCAACUAUGUAAAAAAGGAUGACAACCCACCUAAUUGUCCACAAUUAAGGCCCAUUGAAGAUUUUUGGGCAAAUCUUAAAUGCAAAGUCUAUUCAGAUGGUUGGUUGCCGAAAUGCAAAAAGGAUUUAAUUAAUAGGAUCAGAAAUGUUCUCAGAAAAUACGAUCCAAUUUACUUCACUAAUUUAAUUGAAAAUGUUAAAUCCAAAGUGAUUAAAGCUGACCAGUUUGAAAAUCAUUUCCAUUUUUACUUUACAUACGUUAAAUCACUUCCAGAUAAAUUAGUCUUGGACCUGAUUCGAGAUUAUUUUGGUAAAGAUGGAUUGGAGUAUAACAUGGGUCGAGUAACAAUUGGUGGAGCUGAUUUUUCAACUCGUCCUUACACUUAUCAAGAUGAUUACCAAGAUUUGAACUGGACUCAUUUUGCACUGGUUGAGGAGGAUUUAGUAUACAAGAUUCCUUAUAUUAAACUAGCAAAUGAUUUUUCUGGAGGCUUGAAAUUAUUUGGCAGUAUGUGGUCACCUCCAGCUUGGAUGAAAUAUCAACAAAGGAUAAAUGGUACAGGAAUCUUGAUUGGUGAUCCAGGAGAAGCUUAUUACAAACCAAUGGCCAGUUAUAUGGUAAAAUUUCUAGACGAAUAUAAGAAACAUGGAGUUGAGUUUUGGGGAAUAACUACUUUGAACGAACCAAGUGCUGGUUUUAAACCUGAUUACCCUUUCAACUGUCUUGGAAUAUCUCCUGAACAAAUGACUAAAUGGAUAGCUAAAGAUCUUGGCCCAAUCCUCAAAGCUGCUGGUUAUGGCAAGGAUAAGCUUAAAUUAUUGAUACUUGAUGACAAUGUAUCAUUGCUAUUUCUUUAUGCAUCGAGAGUGUUUAGUAACUACGAAGCAUCACAAUAUGUUUCUGGUAUUGCUGUUCACUGGUAUGAGAAUAAGCUGUUUGGUUUCGACCAAUUCGACAAAACUCAUCAAUUUUUCCCUGAUUAUUUCAUGCUAUCGACUGAAGCAUGUACUGGUUUGGGCUAUGAUGGCAUAGCAGUGAAAUUAGGUUUAUGGAGCAGAGGUGAAGAAUAUGCAAAUGAUUUAGUUGGAAAUAUGAAUCAUUGGAGUUCAGGUUGGGUUGAUUGGAAUCUUGCUCUUGACAUGAUUGGUGGACCUAAUUGGGUAUCUAUGUUUGUCGAUUCCCCGAUAAUUGUGAAUGCUGAAAAACAAGAAUAUUAUAAGCAACCGAUGUACUAUGCACUGGCUCAUUUCAGUAAAUUUUUGAAACCAGGAUCAACCAGAUUAGGUUUUAAAGUUACUAAUCCAAAUGACAAUGUUAGAUCAACUGUAUUUAAAACUGAAGAAAAUCAACUUGUUGUUAUUACCGUUAACAGUAAUGAUUAUGCUGUCAACUUGACUAUUGAAGGAUUUGCCGAAAAUGUCGUUGGUUUAACUCUCGGAUCCCAUUCAUUCCGAACACUAGUCAUUAACAAAAGUUGAUUAAACAAAAUCCAUACGGGUGUCUGCAUGUAAAAGGACUUUAAAGUUGUUAGAUUCCAUUAAGACAGUAUAAAAUAAAUGCUCAAAAUGCUAACAA